CACUGCCAUUGCGGGGUUAAAAGGACUUGACGCCCCGGUAUUCCUAAGUCGAAGAAGGGCAGAGAAAUAAAUUAUUAAGCGUUGGUUACGUAUCAUAUAAAGUGAGGACAACCACCCCUAAAGGCACAAACAUCCUCACGUUCCCCUUCUCACAACUUCUAAUCUUCCAUCGCAAUAUCCUAAACCUCCACCUCAAUUCACGCUGAUCGCCAUGGAAUACCGUCUUUUGGGCCGUUCUGGGCUUAAGGUUUCUGUCAUUGGUUUGGGGGGAUGGCUUACCUAUGGUGGUCAUGUUGAGAAACAGAAGGGCUUCGACUGUAUGAAAGCAGCCUUCGACGCCGGUGUCAACUUCUUUGAUACCGCCGAGAGUUACGCAGGCGGCCAAUCCGAGGUUGCUAUGGGCGAGUGCAUUCGCAAGUACGGCUGGGCUAGAAAUGAGCUCGUCAUCUCCACCAAGAUCCACUGGGGAGGCGCAUUCGCAUCGAAAGGUCAUGCGGAGAACUCCGUUGGCUUGUCGAGAAAGCACAUUGUUGAGGGGUUGAACGCCUCUCUUGGGCGUCUGGGAUUGGACUACGUCGAUUUGGUCUAUGCUCAUAGGCCGGACCGUUUGACACCCAUGGAGGAGACUGUUCGGGCUUUCAACCAUGUCAUUGGUCAGGGGAAGGCCUUUUAUUGGGGAACUAGCGAGUGGUCUGCUGAAGAGAUUGCGGAUGCCUGGAGAGUUGCUGAUCGUUUGGGGUUGAUCGGGCCUCUGGUGGAGCAACCCCAAUACAACCUCCUGGUCCGCGACAAAGUGGAGAAGGAAUUCUACAACUUGUAUGCUAAGCACGGUCUCGGUCUGACCACUUUCUCUCCUCUUAGGAUGGGCAUCUUGAGUGGAAAGUACAGCGAUUUCAAGAUUCCCGAGGACUCCCGUCUUUCAAAUUCUUCUGAUCUCUUCACUAAGUCUAUGAGAGAGAAAUUCGACACAGACGAGGAGAUGAGGACGCAAAUCAUCACCACCAAGAACCUUGAAACGGUCGCCAAAGGACUCGGAAUCACCCUUUCCCAACUCGCGAUCGCUUGGGUCAUCAAGAAUCCCAACAUCUCUAGUGUCAUCACAGGAGCUAGCAGACCGGAGCAGGUUCUCGAGAACCUGGAGGCUGUGAAGCAUGCUAACAAAUUGACUCCGGAGAUUAUGGAGAAGAUUGAGGAGGUAGUGUGUAAUAAGCCCCAGUUGGAACCUAGACGAUUUUCUUGAUUGGUUUUCAGGAUCGAGAUAGGACUUUGUGUAUUUUGGAUCAGAGGAAAUAGAACACCCGACUUGAGACUGA